AUGUUCUGGAUAACUCUUCUAAGCACAAUCGCUCUGGGAUGGAGUACAUCGAUCACGUUGGUGGAGGACCCCAAGGAGUUGGACGACCAUUGCAUGGAGCCGUGCUACUGUGAAGAGAAAGAGAGCAUUCUGCACAUUAACUGCCAGAGCAAAGGCUUUACAAAUAUCAGUCAGAUCACCGAGACCUGGAGAAGACCUUUUAAACUCUACCUGCAGAAGAACUCGAUGAGGAAACUCUAUGGCAACGCUUUCCUCUUCCUAAGCAACGCGGUGUCCAUCAACCUUGGCAACAACGCAUUGCAGGACAUUCGGGCUGGAGCCUUCAACGGUAUGAAACUGCUCAAGCGCCUGUACCUGCACGAAAACAAGCUGGAGGUCUUUCGAAACGACACGUUUUUGGGGCUGGACAAUUUGGAAUACCUACAAGCCGAUUACAACAUCCUGAAGCGGAUCGAGGGAGGAGCAUUCCGGCACCUCCACAAACUCAAGGUCCUGAUCAUCAAUGACAACCUGAUCCCAUUGCUCCCUUCCAAUCUCUUCAGGUCGGUUUCCUUAACCCACAUCGACCUCCGUGGGAACAGGCUAAAAGCCCUGCCUUACACGGGGACAUUGGAGUAUAUCGGCCGGACUCUCAUGGAGAUUCAGCUGGAGGAAAACCCCUGGAACUGUACCUGCGACGUGUUGCCAUUAAAGACUUGGUUGGAAAGCCUCCCUUACACGGCCCUGGUGGGUGAGAUCACCUGCGAGACCCCCUUCCACCUGCACGGCAAGGACUUGAGGGAGAUCAGGAAAAGUGAACUGUGUCCAAUUCUUUCUGAGGUGGAGGUGGAGGUGAGCUUGGGCCUGCCCCAGUUGGCGUCCAGUAACGACAACAACGCCUGGCCCACCAAACCCUCCUCCAUGUCCCUCUCGGUGACUUACACCGCCUCUUCCGUCGAAUACAAGACUUCGGGGAAGCUGCCCAAAGCUACUGUGAGCCCCAAGACUAUCAAAGCACAGCCGACUCUGCGCAGCGUGUAUUCUGGGCCAAACCAGCCAGUUAUAGCGGGUUAUCAGACCAGGCCACCCAUCCCCAUCAUCUGCCCCACUGAAUGCUCCUGCAGCUUGCACAUCAGUGACUUGGGUUUGACAGUCCAGUGCAAAAACAAAGGCAUCCAGACCAUGUCGGAACUGAUCCCCAGGCCACUGAAUGCCAAGAAGCUCUACCUGAGCCCGAACCUGAUACAGAAAAUCUACAGGUCGGAUUUCUGGAAUUUCUCCAGUUUGGAUCUGUUACACCUGGGGGAUAACCAUAUAUCCUACAUACAGGAUGGGGCUUUCAUGAAUCUUCCAAAUCUGAAAACACUCUAUCUGAACAACAACGAGAUUGAGCGCCUGACCCCUGGGAUGUUCAGGGGGCUGCAGAACCUCCAGUAUCUGUAUUUCGAAUUCAAUAUCAUCAGAGAAAUUCAACCCGCAUCCUUCAGCCUGAUGCCCAAUCUCCAGUUGCUGUUCCUCAACAAUAACCUUCUCAGAACUCUGCCGACGGACGCCUUCAUGGGCACUUCCCUGGCCAGGUUGAGUCUGAGGAACAACUAUUUUCUCUACCUGCCCGUCAGUGGGGUGUUGGAACACCUGGACGCCAUCGUGCAGAUCGACCUGAACCACAAUCCCUGGGACUGUACCUGCGACCUGAUCGCCCUGAAGCAAUGGGUGGAAAAGAUCAGCACAGUCAUCAUGGUGGGCGAGGUGUUCUGCAAGACGCCGGAGUUCUUAACCGGGGUGGAUCUGAAAAAGGUCGAGUAUGAGAUCUUGUGCCCGGAGCUGAAAAAUGCAGCUGCUUCCCCAGCUCUCCCUGGGUCUGGGAGUAAUGGCAAUGUGGUCUCCACCACCACUGGGUUUGGGUUCUCCUCACAAGGGGGCGCCAUUCCACUGUCUGUCCUCAUCCUCAGCCUACUGAUCAUUUUCAUCUCUGCUGUCUUCAUUGCCGCUGGGCUAUUCGCCUUUGUGCUCAGGAGGCGGAAGAAAUCGCCCUUCAGGAGAAGGCAGGAGGUCGAUCUAACAGGCAUGCAGAUGCAGUGUAGGAUCUUCGAGGACAGAGCUACCAACUCCCCCGAGAAAGCAGCCAGUCAUGUUUAUGACUAUAUCCCCCACCCGGUCACCCAGAUGUGCAACAACCCCAUCUACAAGCCGCGCGAGGGAGAGAUGGAGGAGGAAUUCGCAGAGACUCAGGAAAACAAUAGCAAUUACAAAACUCUGAUGGAGAAAGAGAAGGAGUGGAAGAUGUCGCUGUCCAACAACAACCUUAACGCCAUCGUCACAAUCAAUCAGACUAACGAUUUUGCAAACUUUCCAGAGAAUGGAGUCAUAUACCCCAGUGUGUUGGACAGAGAAAGGCCCGCUCACACGGUUGGUUUUGUGGACUGUCUGUAUGGCACCGUGCCCAAGUUAAAAGAAUUGCAUGUCCACCCACCUGGCAUGCAAUACCCUGACUUACAGCAAGAUGCCAGGUAUAAAGAAACUAUUCUGUUCGGCUCCUCUGGACGGGGGUAUCCUGACCAAACCCAGAGCGAAUACCUCGAGUUAAGGGCCAAACUUCAAACUAAGCCAGAUUACCUCGAAGUACUAGAGAAGACAACAUAUCGGUUUUAGUGAUCAUCAUCAAACUCCCCGUCCCCCCCACCCUCCA